CCAGUGAGCUAUUACAGCCUAGUUCUAAAACUUUUUUAUUCUUUUUUAUUCUUUUCACAGGACCGCAGAAGCUGAAAAUAUGGAGACGAAGUUGUUGGAAGAUCCUCUUCCCAAAAAAUUUAGAGAUUUCCUAAUGACAGUGGUGGAAGAACUUAGUCAUGUACACACAGCAAAACACACAAGAGGAUUGUUAAAGCGGAAGUUUCAAAAGGAUCGAAAGAUGAAAGCAAAACAUGAAGGUGAACCUACGAAUAACCACAGUGGAUACUGGAAUUGGAGAUAAAGGAUGUACUUUAGAAAAACUAAGCAGGUGCUUAAGCGGUUACAGCUGAGACACGGCCUGAGCCGGGUGUCGCCUCAGGGGCGGCCCUGCAGCGGCGGAGGGAGCGCGAACUUCACUCGCACCCCGAAGAGCGCCCGCGUCCCCGGCAGCGGGCGGCACAGCGAUUUCCCUGCGGGAAUUGCGCGGCACGGAAGUGACGCGGGCGGGAAGUGACGGCGGCGGCGGGAGCGGGGCCGGAGCGGGCCAUGAACAGCCGCCUGCAGGAGAUCCGCGAGCGGCAGAAGCUCCGCCGGCAGCUCCUGGCGCAGCAGCUGGGCGCCGAGAACGCGGACAGCAUCGGCGCCGUGCUCAACAGCAAGGAUGAGCAGCGGGAGAUCGCGGAAACCAGGGAGACCUGCAGGGCUGCUUAUGAUACUUCUGCACCAAAUGCAAAACGUAAAUAUCCAGAUGAGGGAGAAGCGGAUGAGGAAGAGAUUGAAGAAUAUAAGGACGAAGUAGAGCUGCAGCAAGAUGAAGAAAACCUGCCCUAUGAAGAGGAGAUUUACAAAGAUUCCAGUACCUUUCUUAAGGGCACUCAGAGCCUAAAUCCACACAACGAUUACUGCCAGCACUUUGUGGAUACAGGACACAGACCCCAGAACUUCAUCAGAGAUGUUGGCUUAGCAGAUAGGUUUGAAGAAUAUCCAAAACUUAGAGAGCUCAUCAGAUUGAAGGAUGAGCUGAUAUCUAAAUCUAACACUCCUCCCAUGUAUUUGCAAGCAGACUUGGAAGCCUUUGAUAUUCGGGAGCUGAAGUCCAAAUUUGAUGUGAUUCUGCUGGAGCCACCAUUGGAAGAAUAUUACCGAGAGACUGGCAUUACUGCCAAUGAAAAAUGCUGGACCUGGGAUGAUAUAAUGAAACUGGAAAUUGAAGAAAUUGCAGCCCCAAGGUCAUUUGUGUUUCUGUGGUGCGGCUCAGGCGAGGGCCUGGAUCUCGGCCGAGUGUGUCUGCGCAAAUGGGGUUACAGAAGAUGUGAGGACAUUUGCUGGAUUAAAACAAAUAAGAACAACCCUGGCAAGACCAAGACUCUAGACCCUAAGGCUGUCUUCCAAAGAACCAAGGAGCACUGCCUCAUGGGCAUCAAGGGCACCGUGCGCCGCAGCACCGACGGCGACUUCAUCCACGCCAACGUGGACAUCGACCUCAUCAUCACCGAGGAGCCGGAGAUCGGCAACAUCGAGAAACCCGUGGAGAUCUUCCACAUCAUCGAGCAUUUCUGCCUCGGGCGGCGGCGGCUGCACCUCUUCGGCAGGGACAGCACCAUCCGACCAGGUUGGCUGACCGUGGGACCCACCCUCACAAACAGCAACUUCAACGCGGAAACGUAUUCCUCGUAUUUCACGGCUCCCAAUUCCCACCUGACUGGCUGCACCGAGGAGAUCGAGAGGCUGCGGCCCAAGUCCCCGCCCCCCAAGUCCAAGUCCGACCGCGGCGGGGGUGCCCCGAGGGGAGGAGGAAGAGGAGGGACCUCGGCGGGCCGGGGAGAAAGGGGCCGGGAGAGGAACAGAACCAACUUCCGCGGUGAGCGGGGCGGCUUCAGAGGGGGCCGAGGAGGGACCCACCGCGGGGGCUUCCCCACCCGCUGAGGAGUGACUGAGGUCUGCUGCCCCCGGCCUGGGAGUCUUUUCUGUAGUCUGUUUUUCCUGCAGUGAAUUCCUCCGGGGACUCAAGCUAGAUGACUUUCACAGUUGUUUUUGGAGCAUGCCGUUCCGGUCAGCCGGCCUUGCAGCCUGGCACAGCCCCUCACCUGGCCGUGUCCUGCACGGGCAGCACUGAACUCAGAGCAGAGACACCGCGGGUAGGAUGGAAAUUACCCCCUUGCUCUCCCCUUAGGAACCUUGCAAGGUGGAGACUUAGGUUUCAACUUCAUUUUCUCCAAAAUGUGGAUUCCUUCUCCGUCUUUGGAGGUUUGGGUUUGGACUGACUUGCAUUAAUAUCCUGGAGCAGGCAUGAAAUGCAGUUCUGAAUUGCAUGGCCACAGCAGACUUGCUGUCCUAUGGAAGAAAAAGAGCUGUGUCUAUAUUGACACCUAUUUUAACUUCUCUGAAACCAAGGAGCAGAUGAAAUAAAUAGAAUUCUAUUUUUUCAUAUUUGGUUUAAACUUCCCAAAUUAUUCCUGGGAAUAGGAAAAGGUUAAUUUUUAAUUUGUGGUGUACUGUCAUGUCAGUAGUGGGGGGAGUGGUAAUUCUGUGCAGUUGUGUGUUGUGCUUCCUGGAAAGCACCAAGCCGUGCAUUUGUGUGCAGCCCAGAAGUCGAGCACAGGUCUGGGUUGCUCCUUGGGCGGGGGUUUUCCCCCAGUGUGUGUCUGUAACGCCUUGUUCCGUGGGAGGGAGGAGCAGUGUCCCUCUGUCUGGAGGGAGGAUUGCGCAGCAGGAGGUGGGAGUGUGCGAUGGGCUGGUGCCAGGGGACGCUGACGGAGCUGAGUGCUGCCUUUGCCUUGGGGUGCUGCACGCGUUUGGGAAUGGCUGCCGCUGAUCCAGCGCGGUGUGGAGACAGUGACCCCCUCCCCUGUGUACAGUGUCCACGUUGAGCAAAACAACAGCUCUGAGCUUCUUGUGCAGUUCUUGGUAGACUGACAAACCUGGCUUUUGAUGUCUCAAGGCCUUAGGUGUGGGUUUUGGAAAACUGGCUUUCAAGUGUCAAUGUUUCUCUUGAAGCCCAGCUUUUAAAUAACUGUGCUGUAAAGUAGUGGAUUAUUAAACAUGUUUAUCAAAGCUGAUGUUGAAAUAUCUUUGUUAAUGUUUUGUGGGUUUGUUCUCCUUGAGGUUUGGAAUCGCUAAGUGGUUUCCUUGUGCUGUUGUAGACAGGAACUGUUCUUCUGAUUUUGAAGAUUUUGACGGGCUGGGAGACUCCCUGGUAGUGUUUAGUAGGGGAUUGCCAUAGUGCAACUGGAAAAUGCCUGUUGUUGACAGCUUGUUUCUUCCUCUGUCAUAUCUGCACAUCUGGAGAGUGGCUGGAUUUGGGGAAAGGGAGUUUUAAGAGUAAUGCUCAGCUGGUCACUGGUGAAGUCUGCCAAAGGCUAUAUGGAACAGCAUCUGAGAGAAGCUUCCCUGGUGCUUCCGCAGUUGGCAGAGAAGAGUGGAAGAUGAACAGUUUCCCAGCACACUCUGCAGCCUGUUCCAAAGACACACAUGGGUACAGUUACCACUGUGGGGUUAACGAGCCCACGCUCACACUCUGCGGGGCUCACACAACAGUGGGCACUUUGUGCAAGCUCCUCAGAGCCAGGAACUGACUCCCAGGCUCAGCACCUGACGGAACAAGCCCCAGACAAACUCUCCUCUCAGGGAGCAGCAGUCCAGCACACAGGUUGGCUGGCCAAGGCAUUUUGAUGGCACUUUCUCCUGAGGCAAAAGGAGGAGUUCCUCUCUUGGAGACUUCCCAAUUGGACACAGGCAUUAUGCAGCAGGCAACAAAAUACAAAUACUUAAACUGGAUCAAAUUAAAAGGAAAUGCAGGUGAACAGAAAAAUUCAGCUCAGGCACACUGCUGUUCCAUGCCUUCUCAUAAACGGGUGGCAAUUCCAUUCCUGUAGCAGACUCCACACUGCAAUCUACACUGCCAAGAUUAGACACAAAUCUGAAAUCACAAUGUUCACAAAACAUUCCACCUUCCAAAGUAAGUUCUGGCAUCCUGGGAAAACCAGAAGUCUCUCUGCUAUGGCAGAAACACAACUGAAGGCAGCACAUGACUUGAAAAGGCUGAAAUUUCACC